AAUACACUAUGGUUAGCUUUCAAGCUAUUCUUGUUUUCAUUAGUAUUUUCUUUUUUGUUAAUCAAUGUGUAAGUGCAAAUGAGGUUCAAUUUUACCAAAAUUAUUAUCAAAAAUAUGGAGGUGACCAUAUAAUUGUUACUGACCAGGGAAAAGAAGUUUGCCUAAUGAUGGACCAAUAUACAGGUUCUGGAUUUAUCUCUAAUCAACAUUUUGGUUCUGGAGAUUUUAGCAUCGACUUAAAAAUACCAAACAGAAACAGUACAGGAGUAAUAACAACAUUCUACUUAACGUCACUACCAAUUAAUGGAGAUCCUGGAAUACGUCAUGAUGAGAUUGAUUUUGAGUUUCUUGGAGGAGAUGGAAAAUAUACAUUAAAUACAAAUAUAUUUGCAAAUGAUGGAGGAAGUAGAGAGCAACAAUUCAAUCUUGAGUUUGAUCCUACAAAGGAUUUCCAUACAUAUCGAAUUCUUUGGAAUCAAUAUCAUAUCGUAUUCUAUGCUGAUGAUGUUCCAAUAAGAGUUUUUAAGAACAAUACUAAUUAUGGAGUGAAUUAUCCAACAAACAAAAUGCACAUUGAAGCAACAAUAUGGAAUGAUACAAAUUGGGUUGGAGAUGUAGAUUGGAGUCAAGGACCAUUCAAAGCUUAUUAUCGCGAUUUUUCGAUAAAUGGAUGUCAAUAUCAAGAAUCAAAUCCUCAAGAAUGUUAUAAUGAUAACUAUUAUUGGAAUACAAUUAUGAAUCUUAGUCCAGAUGAAAUGCAGGAAUAUGAAGAUGUGAAGGCAGAACAAAUGACUUUUAGUUAUUGCAUGAGGAACAAUAGUAUGAAUUUUCCAGAAUGCAUGUUAAAUUGA